AUGGCCGCGGCUCCAGAUGACGAUUUUCCUCCGCUAGUUGCGCAAGAAGCUGUAGCGCCAUCCGAGCUCCCCAACCCGAAACCCGCUUGGGGAGCGCCCCGCGCAGUGUCCCUGCGCGAAUCCCUCCGCGAAUCCGCGGAAGCGGAUCAAGGCGGAUCCGGGAGCUCCGCCGUUUUUUCUCACGGAGCCAAUGUGGUCUCGAGCGGAGCUGACGUGGCAUCAGGCGGAAAACCCGCCAGCGGGUCUAGCGCGGACGCUGCCCCGCGCGGGCAGAUACCCUCCGCGUCCGGCGCCGCCGCUUCCGGAGCGGUUCAGUGUCUUGUAGUGGACGCGAAUGUUCUUAUAUCGGGGACGACCUCGUUACAGAAAUUUGCCAGCGAGGCGGAGAUUGUGACUGUACGCGAGGUGCUGGCGGAGGUUCGGGAUCGCACCGCGCGGCAGCAGCUGUCCGUGCUCCCUUUCGAUAUUAAAUGUCGAGAGCCUAGUGAAGAGGCAAUUAAAGAGGGUACGUUAAGGAGGAUAAGGGGUUUUAACCAGGUUCUCCGCUUCGCGCGCGCCACGGGUGACGUAGGCACUCUAUCCGCCGUCGAUUCCAAGCUGCUGGCGCUCGCAGUGACAGAGGAGAUCCGAUCUCACGGACGCGCGAAUCUCCGCGCCGCCCCCGCCCGCCCAGUCUUCCAGAAGAGGACAAACGUGGCGAUGCGCCAGGCGCUGCCCGGGUGGGGGGCGGAAAACGUGGCGAAUCCGGAUGAGUGGGCGGGGAUAGAUGCGGUGGCGGACGAUGGGGGGAGGGGGAAGGGGAAGGGGGUAGGUGGAUCUCGGAUUUUAGGGGUGAGGGUUUUGGGGGAGGGGGAUGAGAACGCGGAAGGUGAAGAAAAAGGGGAGGAAGGGGGGGAGGGGAAGGCGGGGGAGGAGGCGGGUGCGGGGGAGGCGGAGACUGGGGGGAACGGGGGCGCGGAGAGUGUGGAGGCGGGACUUCAGCAGAUGAACUUGGGAGGAAAUGGGGAAGCGGGGGAAGGUGGGGAAGAUGGUGCGCGGAAGGGCGGAGCAGGCGGGGAAGCGGAGCAAGCGGGGGAGAUGCCCGGGUGGGGGACAGUUGGGGGUGGAAGGGGGAGAGAGGGGGGGAGAGGGAGAGGGGGACGCAGGUGGGCGCCUCGGGAAAUAAAGCCGGUAGUAGCUGAAGAGCGGUUCGAGGGGAAGUUAGUCGUGGCUGGGGUAGACGCUUCUAAGCGAGGAGAGUCGGCUGACGUGGCGGGAGGGCAUGCUGGCUCAGCAAGGCGAGCAGCAGGAGAGGAGGGCGAGGGAGAGGAGGAAGCGGGUGAGGAGGAGGAGGAGGGGGAAUGGGAGGCGGCGAGGGGGAAGAGCGGGCGGCGGAGGUGGAAGCGCAGGGCGUGGAAGCGCGCGGCCAUGGAGGAGCUGGCGCGCAUUGCGCAGGAGCAGGCGCAGCGCGCAGCCGCGCUGGCGGGGGGGCCGCCCGCGAUGGGGGUUGAUGGUGGCGGGGAGGAGGGGAAGGGUGGGGAAGAGGAGAGAAAGGAUGGCGAGGAAGGGGGGAAUGUUGGGGAUGAGGAGAAGCAGAGCGGCGGUGCGGGUGAUACUGAUGUGGGGGGAGAGGACAAGGAGGAGCAAGGGAAAGGUGGGGAAGUGAAUGAGGGAGAAGGGGAAGGGCAGGAAGAGGAGGGGAGUGGAGAAGAGGAAGGAGAGGAAGAGGAGGGAGAGGAAGAGGAGGGAGAGGAGGAAGAAGGAGAGGAGGGAGGAGAGGAGGGAGAGGAUGACGGAGAGGGGGAGGGGAGUUUGGACGGCAGCAGUGAAGCAGCGUCCACGUCAUCAUCAUCGUUAUCCACGUCAGCAGUGGCCCUGAUGACGUCAGACUACGCCAUGCAGAACGUGGCACUGCAGAUGGGCCUGCGCCUCCUCUCCGCCCAAUCAGGGAUGCGCAUCGCCCAGGUGCACAGGUGGGUGCAGCGCUGCUCUGCCUGCUCGGCUGUGACGCCCGACAUGACGCGUGUCUUCUGUCCUGACUGCGGCAACGGCACCACACUCAACAAGGUGACAGUGACGGUGGGAGUGGAUGGCGUGGUGCAUGCAGGCGUGCGCAAGAGACACAACAUCCGUGGCAGCAAGUUCUCCCUGCCCGUGCCGAAAGGAGGCAGGACAGGAGCGGCCAAGGACCCUGUUCUCAGGGAAGACCAACUCCUUCCCAAGAACGGGCGGCGGCGAUUCACCAAGAAGAAGGGAAAGCCCACUGACGUGCUGGCACCGGACUUUGUGACGUUCUUUGAUGAGGUGGGCGAGGGGAAGGCGGGGGGAGGCGGGGCGGUGAACAGCAGGGCGGUGGUGGCGACGAUUGCAGCGGGGGGGGAUACGAGGAGAAUGGCUGUUGCUCUGGGGUUGAAGGUUAAUCCGAACAGGGUGAAGCGGGGAGGCAAGAAGUGA